GUAACUGAUGGAGAAGUAUGCCGAAAAAAGCAGAAAGAGAUACAGUUAUUGUUUAUAGACUUAGAAAAGGCUUGUGGAAGUGGACGUAACAACACAAGUAAGAAGCAGUGUAGGAAUGAAAGAAAAGAUAAGUGUACUGGUAGAAUUGCCUCAAGAGUAAGCGCUUACCCAUACGUCUUUGACCUAGUAAUGGAUGUAUUAGCCAUCGGAGUAAAGAAGGAUGUAUCAUGGAGUAUGCAUUUUGCGGAUGAUAUUGUUUUGGUGGUUACGUCAAAACUAAGUGUAGAGAGGAAGCUAGAACGAUGGAGAAAGACUUUAGAAGGUAGGGGUUUAAAGAUCAUCAGAACCAAAACCGAGUAUCUACCGUUUAAUUGCCAAGAUCACAUUGAAAACAUCAAGCUAGGAGAAGAAGUAAAAUGUGUCAGAUCGUUUAAACACCAAAAGGCAGAGACUUGGCCCAUUAAAAAGAGCGAGGAAAGAAAAUUCGAAGUAGCGGAUGCUUUAGUGGAUGUGUGGAGUGACCAAAAACGAUAG